UCUACGUCUCUCAGCCAUUGCCCAAUACGAUUCCUAUCUCCUAUUUUCUCUAAUAUCUCUGCUGUAUGUUAAACCAGCCAUAUUAGUUUUGUCGAUUAUGAUGCACAGUUGCUACUAGCUAGGCCGAUUUCGCCAAACCAGUUUUUAGUCAAGUCAAUAGUGCUAUUUUGGCAACCAACAGACAAACUGCAUUGAGCUUUUGUUCAUCCGUAACUAACGCCAUCGUUUUUAAGAUCUUAUUUUGAAGUAGCCUGCUAUCAAAACACACUUUUCUCAUCAUUUGAAUUGAGCUGUCUGGAUAACUUGACUCUCUGGCUAGCUAGCUAUUUUUUUUGCAUUCCUCCUUUGUCUAGCCGACUUUUGUUUUUAUUGGUGGUUUCAUUUUAGUCCGUUUUCCCCCGAGUUCUUAUUUAUUUUUCUACCCGACAAGGUUCCGACUUACCAAGAUAGGCAACUCGGGAGCUAAGAUGUCGAACCGAACAGUUUGCAGAGAAGCAAGUCACGCUGGCAGUUGGUACACCGCCUCAGGCUCCCAGCUGAAUACACAACUGGAAGGUUGGUUGUCUCAAGCCCAGUCCACUGUCACACCUGCUAGAGCAAUCAUAGCACCGCAUGCAGGAUAUACCUACUGUGGCGCUUGUGCUGCACACGCAUACAAACAGAUAGACCCUUCUGUCACUCGCAGGGUGUUCAUCCUGGGUCCGUCUCACCACGUUCCUCUGUCCCGCUGUGCCCUCUCCUCUGCUGAGGUUUAUAAAACCCCUCUCUACGACCUCCGGAUUGACCAGAAGGUCUAUGCUGACCUCUGGAAGACUGGGAUGUUUGAGAGGAUGAGUCUUCAGACAGACGAGGAUGAGCACAGCAUUGAAAUGCACCUGCCUUACACUGCUAAAGCCAUGGAGAGUCAUAAAGAUGAGCUCAGCAUUGUCCCAGUGCUGGUGGGAGCCCUCAGUGAGUCUAAAGAACAGGACUAUGGGAAACUGCUCAGCAGGUAUCUGGCUGAUCCCUCCAACUUGUUCAUCAUCUCCUCUGACUUCUGCCACUGGGGCCAACGGUUCCGCUACACCUACUAUGAUGAGGCUCAAGGAGAGAUCCACAGAUCCAUUGAACACCUUGAUAAAAUGGGUAUGGGCAUUAUAGAAACACUGGACCCCAUGUCCUUCACCAACUACUUGAAGAAAUACCACAACACCAUCUGUGGACGUCAUCCUAUUGGAGUGCUGCUAAACGCUGUGUCUGAGCUGAGGAAGAGUGGAACAGAGAUGAACUUCUCCUUCCUAAACUAUGCCCAGUCGUCCCAGUGCAGGAACUGGCAGGACAGCUCUGUUAGCUACGCAGCCGGGGCCCUCAUUGUACAUUGAUGUGGUCCACCUCGGGCGUGUCCCAAAUGGCUCCCUCUUCCCUAUAUAGUACUUUUGACCAGGGCCGAUAGUAGCCUUUUCCGAGCCAGAAAAGCUCCUGCCCCCAUGGGCCAACGACCUGUUAGUGUAGAGUGAGACAGCUUGAUGUACAAGACACUGGACAAGACCCUAGUCUUAUCGCAGGGUCUAUAUGGCUCUGGUCUAAAGUAUUGCACUAUAUAGGGAAUAGGGUGCUAUUCUCUGGUCUAAAGUAGUGCACUAUAUAGG